AUGUAUUUAAUUUUACUUUUAAUAGAUGAAGCCCAAAAUCAGGAUGGAAAUAUUGCUGACGCCUUAGACAUCAGCGUAUUCGAAGAGAAUUUGGGUCCCGAAGAUUUGGCUACUGUCGAAGGAGAAUUUGGCGAAGUUUGCCAAAGAUGUUUACCCAAGCAUUACAAAUGUGCUAGCCACACAUUGAAUUUAAUUGCGUCGACAGAUGUAACAAAAGCGAUUGCGCAGAACGGUCGACUGAAGCAAAAACACGGCUCUGUUUUGACAAAGUGUUCAUCACUGGUGAAAUUGAUGCGCUCUCCAAAAAAACGAGAGGUUCUGAAAUCGGAAUUGGGAGUUGCAAUUCAACGGCCAGUUGUGACACGAUGGAACUCCACGUAUGACUUCUUCAAACAAUUAAUAAGCCUCCAGGUGAAGCUCAUCGACAAAAAUAUUCUUGGUCUACCAAAAUCUUUUACCUUCGCUGAUUUCGUCUACCUGACUGAAUAUGUGACAUGCUCGGCGCCUAUGGCAAACGCCAUCGAUCUGUUGCAGGGAGAUUCCUGCUAUUAUGGCAUUCUGUUACCAACAUUAAUGUCCGUGCAGUAUCAACUUAAAGAACUCUCGAAAAAUGAUGAUAUCAUGUUUUGCAAACCACUGCUCAAAGUCAUGAUUGACGGGAUAAAUAUUCGAUUUGGAAAAUUAUUGGACUUUUCAGAGACCAAUGUCGAUGCAGCAAUUGCUGCCAUAUCGCACCCUCGUUUUAAAGGCCGUUGGUUGACGCAAUUCAGUGAGGUUGAGCAAAGAAGAAUUCAUCAGCGCUUUAUAGAGGCAGUGUCUUUCGAAGCGUCAACGGAGGCAUCUAGUUCGAUCAAUGUAAAUCUAGAUGAAGACUUCCAGUUUGGAACCUCCUCACUAACCAUCGAUGAAUUUGAACCCUCAUUAUCGCAAGGAGAAGUGAAGGCAGAAGUAACCCGGUACUUGAAGAGUCAAGAGAUCGAUCUCAUGAUGUUAGAAAAGUUUCCGAACAUUCGGAAAACUUUUCUUAAAUAUAAUACGCCUUUGCCGUCAUCUGCCCCCGUCGAAAGGCUGUUUAGCUACGCAACGAUGUUAAACUUGCCAAAAUUCAACAGACUCACUGACGAACAUUUUGAGCAAAGGGUAUUGGCCAAAGCCAAUUCUAUAAAAAAAUACAUCUAA